AUGCAAUUAAUAUACUUCCUAAUUUGGAUAUGUGAAACAAUAAUAGCACAACCAGCAGAGCAGCAACCAUCGAUUGAUCCGAAUCAUCAUAUCCCAGGAAGUAGUCCAUGUUACGACGAUAUGAAUAUCCCGCAGCGAUGUGUUCCAGAUUUUAUUAAUGCUGCAUUCAAUCUUCAGGUUGAAGUAACUAAUACAUGUGGUCUUAAUGGACCUACAAGUUACUGUGUACAGACAGGUCACAGUGGCGUACGUAAAGUUUGUGACAUUUGCGAUGGCAAAGUUGAGGCAUAUGCUCAUCCUCCUGCUUAUUUGACUGAUUUUAAUAAUGCAAAUAACGAAACUUGGUGGCAAUCGGAGACGAUGAACGAAGGCAUCCAAUAUCCGAAUAGUGUUAAUUUAACACUACGUCUUGGCAAAACAUUCGAUAUCACUUAUGUUAGACUGAAAUUUGUCAGUCCAAGACCGGAAAGUUUUGCAAUUUUUAAGAAAACUCGUCCGGACGAUGACUGGAUUCCGUGGCAAUAUUACAGUGGAUCAUGUCGUUCAACAUAUGGAAUAAUCGAGAAGGCACCCAUUUUACCGAGUAAUGAAGCUGUGGCACAAUGUACCCGGGAAUUCUCAGAUAUUUCUCCAUUAACUGGUGGUAAUAUUGCAUUUUCAACAUUGGAAGGUAGACCUAGCAGUCAAAAUUUCGAGGAAAGUGAAACAUUGCAGGAAUGGGUGACAGCAUCUGAAAUACGGAUCAUGUUGACACGGAUGAAUACAUUUGGCGAUGAAGUGUUCCGAGACGCAAAAGUCUUACGAUCAUAUUAUUAUGCCAUAUCUGAUUUCGCUGUUGGCGGCAGGUGUAAGUGUAAUGGACAUGCAAGUGAAUGCGUGAAGUCAACAGGUGAUGGUGAAGAUCGUUUGGUAUGUCGAUGUGAGCAUAAUACAAUGGGUGCUGAUUGUGAUCAAUGCUUACCUUUUUAUAACGAUCGACCAUGGCGAGUUGGAACUGCAAAAGAGGCAAACGAAUGCAUUGCUUGCAACUGCAGUCAUUUAUCAAAUCGUUGCUACUUUGAUCAGACACUUUUCGAACAUACAGGUAGUGGUGGACAUUGUAUUGAUUGUGCUGGUAAUACUCAGGGAGCACAUUGCGAGGAAUGCGCACCGUUCAAUUGGCGUCGUCCUGGUGAACAUUAUUGUAUUCCAUGCCAAUGUAACGAAAUUGGAUCAUUAGGCAUGCAAUGCGAUGAGCAUGGUCAAUGUCCAUGUAAACCUGGAGUGAAUGGACAAUUCUGUGAUCGUUGCAUGUCCGGAUAUUAUGAGUUCUCGAUUAGUGGAUGCAAAAACUGUUUAUGCGAUAAGGCAGGAUCAUUGAACAAUGAAUCAGUUUGUGAUUCGGAAACAGGUAGUUGUAGUUGUAAAUUAAAUGUAGAAGGACGACAGUGUAACAAAUGCAAACCUGGAUAUUUUGAUUUAUCAUUGGAUAAUCAGUUCGGUUGUACACCAUGCUUUUGCUAUGGUCAUUCGUCCAUUUGCUCCAGUGCUGAUGGUUAUUAUGCAAUGAAUGUGAGCAGUAAUUUUGUUGAUGGGAAAGAACUUUGGAGUGCUACCUCAUUACGUGGACCGGAAGAUAUUCAAUGGGCUGAAAUGGAUAAAGCUAUCGCUGUUUCCGAUAUUAAUGGAUCACCGGUUUAUUUUGUUGCACCGAUACAGUUUACCGGAGAUCAACGAGCGUCAUACAAUCAGGAUUUAUGGUUUACGUUGCGUGUACAGAAAGCGCAAGUGCAUCCUAGCGCAAGAGAUAUAUUGAUUAUUGGCCAAGAAGGCGAGGAAUUAACCAUACCAAUUUUUGCCCAAGAAAAUCCAAUGCCAUCUGUAAAUGAACAAACGUAUCGUUUCCGGAUUCAUGCAAAUCCGGUAUUUCAGUGGAGCCCACGAUUGAAUGAGUUGGAUUUUAUCGGGAUUCUUUCCAAUGUUAGCGCUCUUAAGAUUCGUGGGACUUAUUCAACUGGAGAUGUUGGCUUCUUGAGUAAUGUUCACUUGGGAUCAGCAGGUUUGGCUACCUCAGCCGAUGAACCAAAGGAAGCGCAGUGGAUUGAAUCAUGCAACUGUUUAGAAGGUUUCAUUGGACAGUUCUGUGAAUCAUGUGCUUCUGGAUAUCGUCGUGAAAUAAAAUUCGGUGGACCAUUUGAUCGAUGUGUCAAAUGUGAAUGUCAUGGUCAUUCUACUUCUUGCGCACCAGAAUCAGGUGAAUGUAUUUGUGAACAUAAUACGGCCGGUGAUACAUGUGAACGUUGUACACGUGGUUAUUACGGGAAUGCACUACAAGGUACACCAGAUGAUUGUACAAAAUGUCCAUGUCCAGAAGAUGGUCCAUGUGUUUUGCAUACUGAUGGCGAUAUCAUUUGCACUGAUUGUCCAACCGGAUAUACUGGCCGAAGAUGCGACGUUUGCGCUGAUGGUUUCUUUGGUAAUCCAAGCGAGGGGAAAUUAUGUGUGGAAUGUUUAUGUAGUGGAAAUAUCGAUCCCAAUAGUAUCGGAAAUUGUGACUCAUUGACUGGUGAAUGCAAAAAGUGUAUUUAUGAUACAACUGGCUUCAAUUGUGAGGAGUGUAAGCCAGGCUAUUGGGGUGAUGCACUUUUAGAGCCAAAAGGAGAUUGCAAAGCAUGCAACUGUUUUGCGCCUGGUACCAAACGUCCUAACGUGGAUUAUGUCGUGCUUGAAUGUCAACAAAAUGAUGGCCAAUGCAAUUGUCAACCCCACGUGAUCGGAAUACAAUGCGAUCAGUGUCAGCCUGGAUACUUCAAUCUAACAUCCGGAAGUGGCUGCCAAGAAUGUAGCUGUGACGUUCUUGGUAGUGUCAAUAGCACCUGUGAUGUGCUAACCGGGCAAUGCUUGUGUAAACCUGGUGUGAUGGGUCGCAGAUGUGAUCAAUGUGAACCACAAUAUUACGGUUUCGGGAUAGAUGGUUGUGAACCAUGCGACUGUGAAGUUAUUGGAUCGGAAUCACCACAAUGCGAUGUUAUCACUGGUCAAUGUUUGUGUCGUAAUCAUAUCGAAGGACGACGUUGUGAUCAUUGUAUUGAAAAUCGUUACAAUCUUCAAGCUGGUUGUUUACCUUGUGAUGAUUGUUAUGCAUUAACACAACGUCGUGUACAUACAUUCAGAAAUGAUAUUGGUGUAUUGGAGGAGACUUUGAAGGAAAUUAUCGAAAAUCCUGCACCGGUUGACGAUGUGGAAUUCGAUAAUUAUGUCAAAACUGUCGGUGCUGAGGUCGAGGAUUUGGUUGGUGUCGUAAAGAAAAAAUUAGCUGGUGAUGAUUCGCAAAUUAUUGAACAGGUGAAUACGGUUAGGAGUGAUCUGAAGAAUGCAUUGAAAUUAUUAAGUUCAGUUGAUGAUAUCAUCAGUAAAGCAGAUAAGAAAGCCGCUACCAUAGAUGAAACAUUGAAACAGUGGAAUGUGAUCAAAGAUCGAGCACGAAGUGAUUUAGAAAAUGCGUUAUAUUAUUUGGAAACUGAGGGACAAACACAGUGGGAAUUGGCGCAAGAAGCAUCUCGAAAAUAUGGUGAACAAAGUCAGCAGUUAUCGGAAAUAGCGCAAGAAGCAAGGAAAUUAGCUGAACAACAGGAAAAUCGCAGUAUCGAAAUUGAAGCAUUAGCUGAAAAGAUUGCAAAUACCUCUAAACAGGCGCUUGUUGAAGCGAAAGAAGUGAUCUUUGGAGGUGAUGCUACUAGCAAAGAAAUUGCAAUCAUGAUGGAACGUUUGAAUGCAACCGAGAAAUUGUUGAACCAAACUCGCAAACUUGCUGAGGAACAAUUAGCGGAAGCGGAUCGUGCAUACAAAAUAGCUGCAGAAAGUUUAACAACUGUUGAUGGUCUACGAUUACCGAAUAUUGAUCCACAACAAAUUGAAGAAGAAGCGAAACGAGUCGCAGAUGAUGCUAAAGCCACAGCUGACAAUGCUAAGGAACAGGCGACUGCUAACAAAGAAUUGAUAGACGAAGCAAUACAGUUAAUUGCUGAAGCAAAAUAUGAAUUGCAAAGGGUUCAGGACCAACAAAAAGUUUCGGAUGAAUUACUGGCUGACGUGGAUGCUGCAAAGGCCCGUACAAUGGAGGCUGUUUCGCUUGCGGAAAGUACGCUAGCGGAAGCGCAACAUACGCUGGAAAUACUGAAUGAUUUCCAAGAACGAGUAGAUGCAAGUAAAUCAGAAGCAAUCGAAGAAUUGAGAAAUCUGAAUGAGAUCAAGAAAGAAAUUGCUUUGGCUGAGGAGACAACUCGAGAAGCUGAAAAUGCUAUUGGCAAUGCAAAAAAUGAUGCACAGAUGGCGGAAAAAAUUGCUUUACAAGCUGAAAAGGAAGCUAAAAGUAUCAGCAAGGAAGCGUAUGAAUUACGAAAUCAAACUCAGGGCGUGCGCAAAACUGCAGAGCAAUUAAAGUCAAGUGCCGAUCAACUGGUGAAUGAUGUCAAAGAGACCGGUACAACAAUGGAGGAUUAUAGACGACAAGCUAGUAGCGAUAAAGCUCGUGCUUCUGAGGCAGUUCAAAAAGCUCAGCUUGCCGAAAAAGCUGCUGAAGGUGCGAACAAAACCAUCAGCGAGGCGCAGGACAGUCUAAGAAGUAUUAUUAAUCAACUCCAUUCGUUAGAUGGUGUGAAUAGUGAAGAACUGGAUGAACUGGAAAAACAGCUGAAUCAAGCAGAAGAAUUGUUAAAAAGUGCUGACUUAGAUAAACAGGUAUCAUUACUCAAAGAACAGAAAAUUGAGCAGGAUCGUACGAUAACGCAAUUUAAAAAUGAAAUCGAUACUUUGAAAGACGAAGUGCAAAAUCUUGAAGAAAUACGUGAUUCAUUGCCGAACAAAUGCUUCAAUGUAAUUAAUUUGGAACAAGAGGGACACAAAUAG